AUGAAUACCUUUCCAGAUUUUAAUAACGCUUUAGAGCCUUUCAACAUGAAUCUUGAAAAUGACCAAACGUCCCCUCGUAUGCUUCAUUUAGAUGAAAACAAAAUUCUCGUAUUUAAAAUUGGGAAUGUCACUUUUAAUUGCGAACUUCCAAUUCCGAACAAAUUCCCCUUCAAAUCGAAAGGAUCCAAGAAAUUAAAUGAUUUCACUAUAUUCCGUACAGUCCUUCAACAACAUUUGCAAAGCCAGUCAGACAAUCUAAAAAUUUCCCGCAUUCAAAAUGUUGAUAUUUCUUCUCUUUCAGGAAAAAUUUGGAAAAGUGGCUCGAAAGCGUUUAAAGAAAUUUUCAAGAACUACGCCAAAGAAGUUAACGAAUGCAGGGAAAGAAACUCAGAGAAAAGUGUAAUCAUAGAAAAAAUGGCUCAACCAAAUGUUGCAUCAAGUAACAUUAACGGUACAAGCUUCAUUGACAACGGACCAAAUUCUAGUAACAUUAAUGACGUAGAAGUUCCCCAAAUGGUAAAUUGUUCUGUGGAACAUUGCACGCAUGUUAGUAUGCAAGCACAAUCCCAAAAUCCACUUUAUUAUAAUGAUUUGUCGGACAUGAUUAUAGAAGGCAUAAAUUUCGGUAACCUUUCGAAUAAUGACAUCAGUGGAGAAAAAAAGAAUUUCAACUUUUCUGACCAUUUCAACAUUUCCCUAAACGAGAAGCACGCAUAUACACCUUCACCUUCCCAUCAAACUAUUAUACCUUUACCUGAUGAUAAUUGUGGUUUCGAUAUCAUAAAUGGUAUUCCCUUUAUUGAUUAUAACUACAACUCAUACAAUAUUGAUAUCGAGUACGCUAAACAUCUUACAACUAAUGAAGUGGAUACAAUCAAUGUUAAUUCUAUUAAUCUCCAACAAAUUAAUGAUCUCCAACAAAUUAACUCUAUGGAUUAUAUCAACGAAUUUACACCAGUUUCUCUAAAUGAUACAUAUGCACAAACAACACAAUCAUUGUAUCGGUCUUCACUUCUAACAAAUCAUGAUGACUCAAUGUAUGAACUAUCAUUAUUAGGUGGUGGUGAUAGUAAUUUUAUGAGUUUAAUAUCACCCGAUUUAAAUUUUAUUUAUCCCUCGUGA